AUGAUAUCUGGGGUAGAGUCUAGGACCGGCAUAUUGGCCGUGUUCUUGACACUCCAGCUCCUCGUCUUCAUUCUCGAGAUUCUUGUUUUCACCCCAAGCAUCAGAACGCGAGGGUGGUACAUGCCGCUGCGGCAAUGGCUUGCUCCUCUCGGUGUUGCUCUCCUCGGAGUAAUUCUUGUGCCCAUCGUGUUCAUAGACGUCGAAUCGACCGGCGAAGCCCUGCAUGGCAAGUGCGGUGUCGGUGUGGAUGCCGACGUCGCAGGUGACGGCGUCCGCAUCGCGGCGUGGGUGCAAGUAUGCGUCCUCAUCGCAAUCUCUUUACUGGGCACCUUCCACCCCAAUGCCACUGGUGCCAAGGAGAUGGGCGCUGGACUCGUCUUGACGCACAUAUCCCUGGCUAUCGCUUUGCUUGUCCAGGUAAAGCAGCAGACACUGACAUUGGCUGAUGCUGCCGUCGGCGCCAUGAUUCUUGACGCUCAGAACAUGGCCCUAUCAAUUCCCCUUGCAGCGAAAGAGUCCUUGGCCGCCAGAUGGCAGGUUCAGGUUACGGGCUUGAUCCAACUCUUUGGACUCAUAACCCUUCUUUUCAUUGUCAGACAGCUAUUCCAGGGCUCGUUUUCCACCGAGGAAUGUCCCUGCUUGACGGUAUUCUGGUGGGCAUGGCUCAGCAACUGUCAGCCACCCCAGAAUGAACAGGCUCUAUUUUGGGUUUACUGCAGUCUGCGGUGCUUGAUAUUUGCACAAACGUCGUUUCACUCUCUCUACAACACUCAAGAAUUCCACGAAGCUGAGCCAAAAUGCGGCGAUGAGGGAACUGAGAUUCAACAGAAGGGUGGCGUGUUGGUUUCCAUCACGUAUCCCAACGACAGUAUUGAUGGACUGCCUGCCUCCUACAGCGAGUAUCCUGCUACUACGUCUUCCAUAUACGCCCUACACGGUGUACUCGCCCUCACUUCCAUGAGUGCAGCUGAGAUGGCUAUUCAACAUUCGAAUCUGCAGCCAUCAUCAGCCAUCAAUUCUGUCGGCCAGAUCAUAGCUCUCGUCGUCGCUGCCGCCACUGCUCUGCGGGCAGGUUGGCUUUUUCUGAUGCUCUUCAUCCGUGACUGGACGUCCGGAAAAGUAUCUGGUAUCAUGUGGCCUUUUCGACUAUACAACUUCACGCAGGCGUCUGGCUGGCAAGGUUACACCCUACUCCCGACAUCUGGCCACGAUCCCAGCACGAUCAAGCUUGGUAGCAUUAUCAACGACCCCAAAGACCCAUUUAGUCCACUCGAUGACCCUGUAACGACAGAACCGGCCGUCCGCACUCGCAUCGAGGAUGUCGAACAGAUAACCACCACCCGCUCCCGGGGGCCCAAACGGGUUUUCAAUCACAUCCCUGCUUUUCGCGACGUCACGGCUGAAGAUUUGAAAAGGGUGACAGCAGAUGCUAUGGAGACAGUCAAGUUCACGCCGAGCACAGAUUAUAUUGAGGAGAGCAUGAAAAAGCCUGGGGUGGAAGCUUACCUUGAGUCCAUGCGAGGCCCCGCCAACAGAGUUUUUAUGGUGACUGGAGUAAUGAACGCGGAAGGUUUUACUCUUUCUACUUGCAGUUCAUCUUCUACCUCUGCGUCUGCUUCGAUGGCAGUUCCUGGGUUCCCUCUGGACAUGGGCGCUAGUGCUCAUAUGGGUAGGAGCAAAGAAAUGUCAACAACAUACCAUGGGCUUAUACCUGUUGCAUAUCGGUUAGAGGCUAUCACGGUGGGUAAAGAUGGCUAUGUCUUUAAAGCUCAGAGAUACGGAGGGGAUAAUUGCAUGGACACGAUAGCCUAA